AUGAAGUCAAGUGGAGCACGCGACGGCGACUCAAGUUCGCCUCCGGAUACCCCGCGCAUGGCAACUAUUGCUGAGCGCUCGGUCAGUUUUGAAGACGAUGCGGCAUACGAUCUGGACACCAGGGAAGCCGAUGAAGAAGCGGAUGAUUAUGAUGACCAUGAGGAGAAGGAGGCAGUGCCGGAGAUGGCAACGCCGGACACUCCUGAAGGCGCGAUGGUGGCGACGACUCGCAGUGGUAGAGUGAAGUCUCUUGCGCGCAACUUGGUGGAUGAGUUGGACGAGGUCGCAAGACCGGAGCCAGCUUAUCCAGAUGAUGAUGGUGAUGACGAUGUGUCCAAGUUACCCCGGAACACGGGAAGGGACGCUAUGAAGCCUCGGGACAACUGCCCUCCUCUCAACGGAGACACCCCGAUUGCUAACAAGGUUCUAGGGCGGUGUAUGGAGAUGAUGAUGACGGAGAGUCCGUGGAUCCCUAUGUUUUCACCAGCCUCCGUUCGUCAAGCACGCUGGGUUGACAUCAGCAAACAGCAAGAAAUGGUAUUCUUGUAG